AUGAAGAUGAAGAUGAAUUUACUCAACUGGUCUGGAAUAGUAUUACUCGUGCUUAUCAUCAGCUGGGAUCAGUCCCCAAAGUUUGCUUAUGCUGAUCUAAUAGAAGAUACAUGUAACAAAACAUCUUACGCCAAACUUUGUGUCUCAGUUUUAAGAUCUAGUCCUCGUAGUGCUACUGCAGAUGUGAAAGGGCUGGUUCAGAUAGCGGUCGAAUACUUGCAAGCGUACGUGAAAGACACACUUGCCCUAUCAGAGAAGUUAUUUAAGGAGGAAAAGAAUCCAUCUGUAAAAGGUGGCCUUAGACUUUGCGUUGAUCAAUAUGCUUUGGGACUCCACCGCGUCGGCGACACCAUCAACUUCUUAAACUCAGGUGAUUAUCGCAAUGCACAUGAUAUUGUUUUGACUGUAGCUGACGAUGCGAGUACCUGUAAUGACGCCGGUACAGGAACGCUGUUGAAGGAUAGAAACAGUCAAGUAACCAACUCAACAAGACUGGCAAUGGAGAUGAUUCAAAUUCUUGGUUGA